AUGUUGGCCCAUGAGGCCAUCAUUGAACGCAAGAUUAGUUCCAUUACUUACCCAGAUGCCAAGACAUAUGCUGCGAUUCUCUUGCACCUGACGCCCAAUACGAUGAGCAUGCCAGGGGAAUUUGAUGCCUUCAGGCCAUAUUUAAGUGAUAGCUGCGUACGAUCAGUGGUACCGACUAUCGGACAUCCUGUAAUAUUCAGUAGCCACUGUUUUAUGCCAGCUCAGAGACGUCAAGCACGGCGCUCAACAAAUAAGCAGACCCCGGCCGGCCGGCCGGCCGGCAUGUCGACACCUUAUGCUAUCGGACCACGAUCCGUGGCGCCGCACUCACAUCGCUCGUCUGCCGUUGUCCGCGAUGAGACCGACUCGGAUACAGACACCGUACAUCGACUGAUAAUCCCGCUCUUUUCCCUACUAGCAAGUAAAUGUCUGCACAUUUCGCCGGUCACUGUGCGUCACGCACUUUCGGUUGCGCUUCCGCUCGCUGGAGGGUUGGAUCCCUUGGAAUCUCACCAAGACCGUUUGAUUGAUCACCAUGAGGAUCAGCCAUUGCUGGACGACCACGCGCGUUUCAAGUUGGACGAUCUGCUGUCAAAACCCUCUUCACAGGAGAAGUAA